AUGCAAAGCCAGCUUGUUCGCAUUCCGCAGGUGUCUGUAUCAAUUCAAUCUAAAAUGAAGCUCCUCGGCAUUCUAUCCAUAAUAUCAGCGGCGACUUCGCUUCGCCUAGAACCCAACUACACCUCAUCUGCAGGGGUAGAGAUCUUCAAUCCCUCAAUUAUGUUCCCGCCUACUGGCCCAUGGAGUCUGAUGUCAAAGGCAGGAAGUACUGUUUACGUCGCCGGUACAUAA